UGCUCCAGUUUGUGUGGCCGCCGCCGCGGGAACACCAGCCGGUAGUUUUUCCGCGUCGAGAGAGGCGAGGUCUUCGAGUUUGGCGGCGUGAGCGUGAGCGAGUGUCGGUCUCCACAGUCCUCUCCUUACGUGACACCCGGCAUGGAGGUUGAUCAGAGCCUACAGCCUGGCGGCACGGCCGUGGCUCCCGCGCGGCAGGAGUCGCCGCGGUCCGAGUCCGGGGAGGAGCCGCAGCCCCGGCAUCCCGAGAAAAAGCAACGAUGUAGAUAUGAUGGCCAAGAAACAAAAGGAUCUAAGUUCAUUACCUCCAAUUCAAGUGACUUCAGUGACCCAGUUUACAAAGAGAUUGCUAUUACAAAUGGUUGCAUUAAUAGAAUGAGUAAGGAUGAACUCAGAGCUAAACUUUCAGAAUUCAAGCUUGAAACCAGAGGAGUAAAGGAUGUACUAAAGAAGAGGCUGAAAAACUAUUAUAAGAAGCAGAAGCUGAUGUUGAAAGAGGAUAAUUGUGCUGACAGUUACUACGACUACAUUUGUAUUAUUGACUUUGAAGCCACUUGUGAAGAGGGUAACCCACCUGACUUCAUACAUGAAAUAAUUGAAUUUCCUGUUGUUUUACUGAAUACUGGUACCUUAGAAAUAGAAGAUACGUUUCAGCAGUAUGUGAGACCAGAGGUUAACACCCAGCUUUCUGAUUUCUGCAUGAAUUUAACUGGAAUUACUCAGGAUCAGGUAGACAGAGCUGAUACCUUCCCUCAGGUACUGAAAAAAGUAAUUGACUGGAUGAAAUUGAAGGAAUUAGGAACAAAGUAUAAGUAUUGCAUAUUAACAGAUGGUUCGUGGGAUAUGAGUAAGUUCCUGAACAUUCAGUGCCGGCUCAGCAGGCUCAAAUAUCCUCCUUUUGCUAAAAAGUGGAUCAAUAUUCGAAAGUCAUAUGGAAACUUUUACAAGGUUCCUAGAGGCCAAACCAAACUGACAAUAAUGCUUGAAAAACUAGGAAUGGAUUAUGAUGGGCGGCCUCACAGUGGCCUUGAUGACUCCAAGAAUAUUGCCCGAAUAGCAGUUCGAAUGCUUCAGGAUGGAUGUGAACUCCGAAUUAAUGAAAAAAUGCAUGCAGGACAGUUAAUGAGUGUGUCUUCCUCAUUACCAAUAGAGGGCGCUCCACCUCCACAAAUGCCACAUUCUAGAAAAUAACAGCAUUUUUGCCUUUUGCCCAUGGAUCAUUCACUAUAACUGGAGUUGCUAUAAAGGGGUAGCAGAUGAAUACUUAUUGAACUAGUCUUGCAGUGCAAAAUUUAAGCACCUUAGAUAUAAAAUCUUAUUUACAGUUAUAGAUACAUAUAUGUGAACAGAUUCUGUGGAGAGGGCAUAUUGAAUUAUUUGUCACCAGCACUUUUAUAUGAGCAGUAAUUAUUACACGGUAACAGUUCCUUUAGAACUGAAUUUUAUAUUUUAAGGUGUCUAAGAUGUGUUUCUUUUGGUUUUAAAUGCAAAGUUUAUUGAGUUUCCCUUUAAUUGUCAUCUCAUUGAGUUAAAAUAUAUAAUGUAUUUCUACAUUAACAUCAUUAGAUCAAAUUAUUAAAUUGCAGAAAAGAUUGGAAGGUGGACCUUAUAUAGCUUUUGGUUUCUAAACAUAUUAUAAUCCUACUGAUUUUUGAAGUUUAUAUGUGAAGUUCAACUGUUUGUGGUGAAUUUCAUAAAAUCCUUGGUACA